AGUAAGGGUGGAAAUAUUGCGCGCACAACAAUGCGUUGAUACCGUAGAAACUGAAACUGUUAUAACACGAAAUGAUGCUUAUUUUUUUCAUUUAAGUGUAGUUACAGUGAAUUUUUUGUUCCGAAAUUAGCUUUUAUGGACAUUUCUGAAGGUAAAAACCAUCGCGUCGACAUUAACUUUAGUGAGAGGCAAGUAUUGUGGUAGUGUUUCAAUUGAUGAGUGUAUGGUAGAAAAAGAAAUUAAAACCGGUAAUGACAAUAACAUGAAGCUCAGUGUGUCGGCGUAUAGAGCUCACGCGUCCGCGCACAAGAAAAUAUUAGACACUGCGUACAAUCUUAAUUAUGGCUCCACUUCGGCAUCUCAUCCGCAUACGACGGGGUCUGCAAGCUCAUCAGGAAUGGCGACUUCUUCAGGAUUUCAGAUUGAUCUAUCGAGUGGUAUUGGAUCUGUGACGGCGGCCAGCGGCGUCGGAAGCCACCAUGGGAGUGGCAACGGCGUCGAAGGUGGUGGUUGUCAUACAACAAGUAGUGGACAACAUUUGAUGGUGGCCAAUACCAUGGUGGACGAAGGCAGUUCGGACGACGCUAAUACACCGUUACAAUCGCCGAAAUCGCAAAAUACUAGUCGAGAAGAAGAUGACAGUUCUAAUGCGAAUGAAUCCGACUGCAGAAGCCCAAGUCAAAGAACGAAAUCGAAUCAAAGGUGGAUGAAAUUACGCACCACUGUACAAAUAUCUUCAGCAAUAUCAGCAAAGAAACCUCCUUUGAAGCGUGAAGAUUCUUUUUUACAACGAUUUUCUACGCGACAGAUUCCAGAAACGCAAGAGACUGUAGAAGACACUGGAAGCGAAGGUGAUAGUCAUACAGCUCCUCGCAGGAGAAGAAGACCACGAAAACAACCUAGAACCGUGGUUAAUCCUGACUCGAACUUUUAUUUUUAUUGGUUACUAGUUUUAACAGUUUGUGUUUUGUACAAUCUUUGGACGUUAAUAGUGCGUGAAAGUUUUCCUGAACUUCAGGAAAUGAUUUCAACAUUUUGGCUAACCUGUGAUUUCAUGAGUGACUUGGUGUUUAUUUUGGAUUUGGUCGUGCAGCUUCGGACAGGAUAUUUGGAACAAGGGCUGAUGGUGUACGAUUCCAAAAAAUUAGCCUCUCACUACUUACGCUCUCGUGCCUUUUUGCUGGACUUGGCAGCUUUAUGUCCACUCGAUCUCCUCCAAGUUAGGUUAGGAUGGCAUCCGUUACUAAGAUGUCCAAGAUUUUUAAAGGUGUAUCGCGCCGUUAAUUAUUAUUAUAUGGUAGAAUCCAGGACUGUUUGGCCGAAUUUAUGGAGAGUGAUAAAUUUAAUUCAUAUUCUUUUGAUACUUGCUCACUGGUUUGGAUGUUUCUAUUUUUUACUAUCGGAAGCGGAAGGUUUCCGGGGCGAAUGGGUCUAUCCAUAUCGGCCAGGAGAUUACGCUACAUUAACACGAAAGUAUUUAGGGUCUUUAUAUUGGUCGACGCUCACUUUAACAACUAUUGGUGAUCUGCCAACACCAGAAACAAAUGCCGAAUAUAUAUUCACAAUCGUAAGUUAUCUCAUAGGGGUAUUCAUCUUCGCAACAAUUGUAGGACAAGUUGGCAAUGUGAUAACUAACAGAAAUGCUAACAGAUUAGAAUUCGAACGUCUUCUAGACGGAGCCAAAACUUAUAUGAGGCACCAUAAGGUACCGGGAGGUAUGAAAAGGCGAGUUUUGAGAUGGUACGAUUACUCGUGGUCAAGAGGACGAAUACAAGGUGGUGGGGAUAUCAAUACGGCACUUGGACUACUUCCCGAUAAACUGAAAACUGAGCUUGCCUUACAUGUCAAUUUAAGUGUUUUGAAAAAAGUUACUAUUUUCCAAGAGUGCCAACCUGAGUUUCUAAGGGAUUUAGUACUUAAAAUGAAAGCAUAUAUUUUCACUCCGGGGGAUUCUAUCUGCCGGAAAGGCGAAGUUGCGAGAGAAAUGUUCAUCAUCGCCGAUGGAAUCUUGGAAGUGAUCAGUGAACACGGAAAGGUCUUAACGACAAUGAAAGCCGGUGAUUUUUUUGGAGAAAUUGGAAUAUUGAAUUUGGAUGGUUUGAAUAAACGAACGGCAGACGUAAGAUCCGUAGGUUAUUCAGAAUUAUUUUCGUUAUCUCGCGAAGACGUUUUAACGGCCAUGAAAGACUACCCAGAAGCUCAAGAAAUUCUUCAAGCGUUAGGUAGAAAACGACUCAUGGAAGUUAAAGCUUCUGCACGUAUCCCGCCUAACAAAGAUCACCAUCAUGGACAUUUUCAUUGUACAGAAAAGGGUUUAGUCGAUAAAAUCAAAAACGAAGCUAAGGGCUUACGGAACGUCUUAAAGAAAUCAAAGACUCAUAGGCGAUCAGACGACUCAUUAGAGCUUCAAUCUAUGCAUCUUCCUAAUCAUGCUAAUAAAGCUACGUUAAAACGAAUGUCCAGAGUGAAAUCUCACGAGCUCAGUCAAGAAGAGAAUGAUAAAAAAGAAACGAGUGCCUACGAAACAGUUACUUCUCCCAUUGGAGCUGGUCUUCCACUUCUACAAAGAUUAAAAUUGCUCAAAGAAAAGCAGGAUAAUGAAGAAAGGGGAAAAAACAUUUCGUCCCCAAUCGUAUCUCCUACGUCUUUCACGGUUCGAUCUCCCCCUCCCAUCAACGAGGAACCGUCAACGGAAGACGCGAUGAGUAGUGGCUUACCUCUUCUUCAACGCAUUUUAACACUUAAAGCGAAAGAAGAGAAAGCUAAAACUGGUAAAACAGUUACUAUUGCUCCUAAAAGUGUUACGGGGCAGUUGUUUAGCGGAAUGAGCUUAGGAAAAUCACCAUCUCAAAAUCAACAAAUAAUGGCACCUUUAUUAAACGCUGUAUCCGGAAGAACAUCGAUAUCAGGUCCGGUGAAAGGUCCAUUAUCAAUAGCUACCUCCAAAGCAGCUGCUCCGGUAAAGCUUUUAACUAAUAAAAUAUCUCUUAGAGAAAGAAUCAAAUUAGCAACAGGUACAAAAGAAAAAGAGUCCAUUAUAAAAGAAAACGACUCACCUAUCACAGACAAUACAGUAGUGAAAUUAGUGCCAGCCCAACCGUCCAGUGAUAAUAACCAAUCAGGUUAUGAUGCAACUUCUCGAAGUGUUAGUGAUAGUGCAAGUGAAAAAGUAACCUCGAAUAUAAUAUCAACGAACAAUCAAAUUAUUAUGCAAAAAACUCAUAGUAGCGAUAAAAAUGAACCUAACUGGUUAAAGCUCAAAAAAGCAGCAAUCUCAAAGGACAUAGACGUCAGUUUGUUGCCGUUACUAAAGGAAAGUCCUGUAGAAACUAAAGAUGAUACGAAUAUAUCGAAAACGCCUGCCGAACAACCUAAGCCUAAGCCUAACUUAUAUCUAACUAAAAGAACGAAGCAUUAUAGAUCUAUUGAUGACUUAUCUCCUGAGUACGGUCCCCUUCCUUUUGUGAAAAAACUCAAAAUACUCAACGAACGACAGAAACUAGAAGAGUUAGAACAUGUGAUGAAGGCUAGAAGCUUCUCUUUGGACAUUCCUGACAACCCAACCUUCGAUAAUGAGACUUUGACAAGGUCUCACUCUGAAGGUUCUAGUAUGCACCACGAACAACAUAGGAAUGAUUCACAGUUUCUAGCGACGCCUUUAAUAGCAAGUCCUCUGCAUUCUUCUAACGAAUCAAAUGAAACUAUAGAAAGAAAAAACUUGAAAUCGAUACUGAAGAAGCUUUCAGAGGAUACGAAGGAUAAAAAAGAAGUUAAAGAAGCUGCUACGUUAGACAAAAUUGAUUCAACGGAGUUCAGAAAAUUAAUGAGAGCUCCUACGAUCGAGGGUUACGCAGCACGACAUAGCAAAUUAUCAAAAAGCGUAACAUUCAAUAGAGACACUUUACAAAGUCCGCCAAAUAGUGCCACCCUGACGGGAGAUACACAGAAUAUAUUUCCUCUUGUUAGUCCAUCCUUAAACUUAGAUAACGGUUUACAUCAACCACAAGAAAAUAAACAGAUCGACGUGGAAAAAUGCGAGAACCAGAUUGUGCCUAAUACAGCAAAUAACCAAAUGAAACUUUUUAAAGGCUCUUUAGAAGACGAACAGCAAUAUUUCGCAGACAUCCUAAUGGCCAUAAAGCAAGUAAUGAGUGCUCACCUUCAAGACGUCCAAAUAAAAUACCAACAAAAAUUCGAAAAAUUAGAAGAAGAAAUUAGGGCGAAAGAUGAAAUCAUCUCGCAACUCAAAGUACAUAUCUCAGAGUUGAAAAAAACUUACGAAGAUUCUUUCACACCUAGUGAUUCAUUAGAUACAGUAAUAAGUAAAGAAAAGAACUCAUGGGAAGACCCAUCUUAUGAGGAACAAGAAGAAUUAGAAGAGCUACCCCGUCCAAUUCACACCUGGUCUUCUUCUUCUUCAUUACCUCAACAAGAUGUAGUUUUGGAUGUUGAAUCCACAACAGGUAAAACAAUAUUACUUCACUAAAAUUGCCUAUGUUGCUCAGCAGGAAUUCUGCGUGAUGACUGCCAUUUCGUGGCGAAUGUUUCUUUUAAUUGUGUCAGGCACGUCGGUUUGUUAGCGUAAACUUUGGAUUUUACAUCACAUCACAGGAAAAAGUCCAUAAAUGUGAAGAUUAAUUUGCCAGCAAAAAUUUCUCGAACUCGUAGCAGAGAUCUAUAAAGACCGCUUUACAUAGUGCAAGACAACUUGCAAGAAAUUGCAUGCAAUUUUUUCAAUUAUGAUGGUUCAUCUGAAUGUUUCAUUUAUUUAAUCAUGUUUUUAGAGAUAUCUACAUACUUUUCUGCAUCCCACUUCUGACACCAUGUUUUGUUGUUCAAUUUCUUGUUUUUAUUAAAACUAUAUUUAUUUACUUGAAGUUUUAUUUAUCAGUACUUUCAUUAUCAGGUUAACAAGCUACCA